GGUAAAGUUAUUGUACUGCCUAUAUACAUUACUCUUGAAGCCCCGCAUUUUAUUCUUUUUUUUUGUUUUUUUUUAACUUAUUAUCUCCCCACUCUUAUUUAUUAUAUAAUAACGAACAUGGCCUCAUUGUCACGUUCAUUCGCAUCUGCCAUUGCUAACCGUUCUUAUACAAAUGUUCCUGCCUCUGCAACUGCAUUGAAACGAGUUUUUAGCCUUUCUUCCAGCAAAGAAGAUGAGCAACAAGAAGUUCACAACAGUCAACCCUUGUUCAGUACACCUAUUAAGCAUCGAUCUGCUGGCGGUUUAGUUAAUAGAUCAACUGUUAAUGUUGGAACUAUUAAUGAUUUCCAAUUACGUCGUAACCAUACUACUUCCAUUCCCGACUUCUCCAAAUAUAAAAAGGACAAGACAAGUGGAGAAGCUAGCCGUAACUUUUCAUACAUGAUGAUUGGUGCUACUGGCUUAAUUUCUGCUGCUGGUGCACAAGCAACUGUAUCUGAUUUUUUGGCCAACAUGUCUGCUUCUGCUGAUGUCUUGGCCUUGGCUAAGGUCGAAGUUGAUUUGGCCUCGAUCCCUGAGGGAAAGAAUGUGACGAUUAAAUGGAGAGGAAAGCCUGUUUUUAUUCGUCAUCGUACUCAAUCUGAAAUUUCUGAGGCUAAUGAAGUUAACAUUCAAGAACUGCGUGAUCCUCAACAAGAUGUUGAAAGAGUAAAGGAUCCUGAAUGGCUUGUUAUGUUGGGUGUCUGUACCCAUUUGGGUUGUGUACCUAUUGGUGAAGCUGGUGAUUAUGGUGGAUGGUACUGUCCUUGUCAUGGUUCUCACUAUGAUAUCUCUGGUCGUAUUCGUAAGGGUCCUGCUCCACUCAACCUUGAAAUUCCCGAAUAUAACUUCUCGGACAAUAAGCUUAUUAUUGGUUAGAUCUAUUUAUAUUAAAGAAAAUAAAUUGGUUUUUGAUUUGUUUAUAAUAUAUUAUGUAAUAUUUAAUAAUAAGACAUAGUAUACAUGUAUUAUUAUUAAGUUGGUUAUCAAUAGCAUACAGACGCAUUAUAAUAUCUAAAAGAAGGUCAGAACAGGGUUAGUUGUUGUGCGGAGAUUCAAAUUAUAGUUUUAAUUUAUGGUUUCAAAUGAAAUUUCCCCUUCCUCCUUUUAAUUCUUUUUAUAUAUGUUUAUAUUGUAUUAAAUCUAUUAAUUACUACUAUUCUUUCCUUUCAUUAUAUAUUAUUAACACGUAUACACAUACAUACAUACAUACAUACAUACAUACAUACAUACAUA